UAGACAGCGCACAAGUAUGCGCACAAGUACCUUUUGGCGCCUGUCCUACUGAGCCACAGUGCUACAGAUAAGACAUAAAGAAUCAACUGACCGCGUGGAAAAGGAGCCCUACUGAAGCGAUUCCUGUUGUUUUAGGAGCACAAAAUGGGCAAGAAACAGAACACCAAGAGUAGGAAGGAUACACAGGAGACGCAGGAGGAGCCUGAAGAAUUCGUUGUGGAGAAAGUGCUGGACCAGCGUGUUGUGAAUGGGAAAGUGGAGUUCUACCUGAAGUGGAAAGGAUUUACAGACGCUGACAAUACUUGGGAGCCAGAGGAGAACCUGGAUUGCCCUGAGCUGAUUUCAGCGUUUUUGGAGUCUCAGAAGAAUGUUAAGGAGAAACCUGCUCCUGUUAAGAGGAAGGCCUCCACAGAAGAGCCAGAGACAGAAUCUAAGAAGAAAGAUGUGGCUGAGAAACCACGCGGUUUCGCUAGGAACCUUGAACCAGAACGAAUCAUAGGUGCAACAGACAGCAGUGGGGAGUUGAUGUUCUUGAUGAAAUGGAAAGACUCAGAUGAGGCAGAUUUGGUCCCAGCCCGUGAGGCCAACACUCGCUGCCCUCAGGUGGUCAUAUCCUUUUAUGAGGAGAGACUGACAUGGCAUUCCUGUCCAGAGGAUGAAGCACAGUAGUUCUUUUUUGCAGACCCCUGCAUCACCUUAACCUUUUCCUCAGGACUGGGUUUUCUCCUGACUUGCCUUCUAGGUUUAGCAAAGUUAGUCUUUUUUAUUUUAUUUUUUUUUCUCCUUGUUUUGAAUGUUUCAACACUUGCAUGGCAGUCAUGGAGAACUCUGUUGUACAUAUAAGCUUAGCCGAUCGUGAGAGCACGUGAUGGCAUUAUGAUUUAAAAGGAAAGAAACCUUCUAUCGUUAUGAUGGAGUGAUCUCUUUAGCCCCUUUUCAGACAGAAGAUGUGCAACAGUGCUGGCUUCAGCAGUCUGUUCAGUAACAGCGACCUAUUAUUCAGACAUGGAUCACUCUUAUUUUCCUAAUGGCUUAAUUUAGACAUAUCCAAGAUAGUGAAGAACAGCCCUGUAGUAUGCACAAUUUAGCCAUACAUUCAAAAGACUUGUGCAUGUGAGGGUGAGGUGUAACUGCAGUUUUGAUUUUUUUUUUUUUGUUUUGUUUUUUUUUUUUUUAUUAACAGUGUAGGCUCUGCUUCUGUGUGUUGCUGAUAGAGCUGUGCACUGCUCCUGCCACACAGGUCUAGAGACACUUCCCUUCUGGAUUGUGAAUAGUAAAAAUCCACCGGGAAUGUUGUUGUAAUUAAAGUUGAGGUUAAAUGUCAAUUUAUACAUAAUAUUGCAGUUUAGGGCAUUAACUAGUUAGCUUUGCAACUCAAGAGAUGCACAAAAAAGGAAGUUAAUGUUACUUGAUUUUGAUGAGGUGAUCAUUUAGACAUGAAGCUAACAUGUUCAGAUGCAGCCUGGAAAUGAGUGCACAGCUGAAAAAGGACUAUUGAUAGAACCCACUACCACAUUCAUCUGUUUAAAAUUUUUUUUAAGUUCCAAAUGGCUUUACUCACUCUGCCACCUUUGUGCUCGUGUUUUCUUUUUCUCCAGUAGUGGUAAUGUUUUGUUCCAUAAAUACUUUUUGUAUACUGUCUUUAAAUAUUGUUUGUUGUUCUAAUAAACGUUUUAUUAUGCCAGA